CCGGUCGGAGUCUCUUCCGGGGUCACUGUGGAAAAAAUUCUUCCCGGGAAGACUUGAAGGCUUUUCCAGACACCUGUAGUCUCUCUUCGUGGCUCCUACCCCGUAGUGAAGUCCCCUGUCCUCUUCCGUGUGAGUGGCACGGUCCGAUAGUGCGCCGGGCAAAGCCUUCCGGCGGGAGGGACCCUGCUCCAGGCCUGGGCCCGCCUGGAGGGGACAGCGGCUGGAGGCGCCAUGACUCUGCCGGGUGGAAAUAAGGAUAACAUCAGAGCAGGAUGCAAGAAGUGUGGCUACCCUGGUCAUCUGACAUUUGAAUGCCGAAACUUCCUCAGGGUAGAUCCUCAGAGAGAUAUUGUUUUAGAUGUCAGCAGCACUAGCAGUGAAGACAGUGAGGAAGAAGAACUACAGAGAUUGCAAGCCAUGCGUGAAAAAAAGAAUUUCAACGAGGAGGAAGAAAAAAAGAAACAAAAAAGAAAAAGCAAAGAAAAAACAAAAUUAAAGAGAUCAAGGAAAAGAUCUUCCUCAUCAAGUGCAGCUGAAGAGGAUGGUCCAAAAUCAAAAAAACAGAAAUCUCACAAAAAAGAAAGGGAAAAGCAAAAAAAGAGUAAAACUAAGAAAGGAAAGCAUCAUAAAAAGGAGAAAAAGAAGAGACGAAAGGAAAAAAGUUCAUCUUCUGAUAGUUCAGACAGUUCUAGUAGUGACUGAAGUUCUGACCUAUUUUUGCAUUCACUUCUGCAUUUAAUUUCAAAUCAAAUUUAUUUAUGCUUUGCAACGCUGUUGUUUUAAAAUUAUACAUAGAUUUCUGAGAAAAGUAUUUGCAAAUAUCAGUGCUUCAAAUUAUUAAAUGGACCAUUUGGGAAAAAAUAUGCUCUGUAGUUUGUGAGUACUAAGCCAUGCAAAUUUAAACUAGUUCUUCACUUAGUUCAGUUUUGACUAGUGGUAAUUGCAAUAUUACACUGGGAUAUGGUAAACUUCAGUUUGCAAGUUUUUGUGUAGAAAGAUUUGGACUUAAAUACACAUCAUGUCAGAAUGGCUAAAUCAAAUUUGGGCUUUCAAGUGGGACUUUUCUAUUAUGUUGUCCUUUCAAUGUAUGUUUUUCGUAACAUU